AGGUGUUUGAUUUAUAGAAAAUGAAGCAAUAAAGAAAUGAAAUAAGAAUUUCAUGUUUUCAGUUCAAUUGUAUCUAUUGAGAAUGUUAACAUGUAAGUUAUAAUCUGUACAUAUAGAGGGCUAUGCAUCAUUUUCUUCACGUCCUAUUCAUGGUAUAGUAGAUCGUUUGUUAUUGCUAGUUUAUUAUUACACCGACAUAUACUACGGAACGGUAGUAUUGUUAUAAAUUAAACUUUAUACGUAAAUAAAUAUAAAAUCAUGUUUCUGACCAAUGUAUUAUGCAAGAAAGCUAAGAGCAAACUUAUUUUAGUAGCUGCGAAAAGUAUAGCAACUGGUCAUGUGCGUAAUGUAAUACGAGAAAGAACAGGUGAUAAAGUGGAAAAAGCAUUCUAUGAUCCAUUUGUUGGAGCAAGGGCAAUAUACAAAGAAAUCAGGAAAAUUAAAAGUUUAUAAUAAGAACAUUUGUAAAUAAAAUGAAUAAAAUAUCAUAGCAAUCAAAACAGUAA